GAGGAGAGGCGGGAAAGCGCCGUGAGGGCAGCGCGGGCAGGGGAGGGCGGCGGGGGGAGAUUCCGCCCCCAGCCUCCGCCCGGCGAAAGAUGCGUCCUCCCCCGCGCCCUUCAUCCACUCGGGCUCCGGCAUCUCUGAGGGAGCUGCGGAUGCCGCCUGUGAGGAGGAUGAAAUCCACAAUGAGCAAGCGUAAGCUGAAGGAGAGCGUUGAGGAAAGCGCUGAGUGCAUUUCCCAGGUGCAAAAAAUCUUGCGUGAAAGGUUCUGUCACUAUUGUGCUGCUGGAAAACUCUUUGGGAUGAAGCAGCAGUACAGCCAUUUGCUGGAGCUGCUGAAAAGAACCACGGUGCACGGGGAGAGUAAUUCCGCCCUCAUCAUCGGGCCCCGGGGAUCUGGGAAAACUGCGUUAUUAAAUCAUGUCUUAGAAGACCUGAGGGAAAUGAAUCAAGUGAGAGAGAACCUCUUGGAAGUCCAUCUGAAUGGGCUUCUGCAGACAAAUGACAAAGUGGCCCUGAAGGAGAUCACCAGGCAGCUGCAGCUGGAAAACGUGGUUGGGGACAAAGUUUUUGGCAGUUUUGCUGAAAACCUUGCCUUCCUCCUUGAAGCUCUGAGGAGAGGAAACCGAACCAGCAGCUGCCCAGUUUUGUUUGUCCUGGAUGAAUUUGAUUUGUUUGUCCACCACAAGAAUCAGAGCCUGCUCUACAACCUCUUUGACAUCUCCCAGUCUGCGCAGACCCCUGUGACAGUUAUUGGACUCACCUGCAGACAGGAUAUCCUGGAGCUCUUGGAGAAGAGAGUAAAGUCGAGGUUCUCCCACAGACAGAUAUAUUUGAUGAAUUCCUUUGAUUUUAAAGAAUACAUUAAGAUAUUUAAGAAACAGCUUUCUCUUCCUGCUGAAUUUCCCGACGAGGCUUUUGCACAGAAAUGGAAUAAUAAUGUUCAGCAUCUCUCGGAGGACAAAACUGUGCGGGACGUGCUGCAGAAGCUCUUCCAGCACACCAAGGACCUGCGCUCGCUGCAUUUGCUCCUGAUGCUGGCGGUGAGCGCGGUGACCACGCACCACCCCCUGCCCACGGCCGCGGACCUGCAGGAGGCCAGCAGGCAGCACAGCUCCGACUCCAGGGCCAACAUUGUCCAUGGUUUGUCUGUGCUGGAAAUCUGCCUCAUCAUAGCCAUGAAACACCUGAAUGAGGUCUAUGAUGGGGAACCGUUCAACUUCCAGAUGGUUUACAACGAAUUCCAGAAGUUCAUCCAGAGGAAGGCACAUUCCAUGUACAACUUUGAGAAGCCCGUUGUCAUGAAGGCCUUUGAGCACCUGCUGCAGCUGGAGCUGGUGAAGCCGCUGGAGCGGCCGUCGGCGCGGGCGCAGCGCGAGUAUCUCCUGAUGAAGCUGCUGCUGGACAGCAGCCAGAUCAUGGAGGCGCUGCAGGUGUACCCCAACUGCCCCACGGACGUGAAGCAGUGGGCAGCCUCCUCCCUCAGCUGGCUCUGAGCUCCACAAGCGGGAAGGGUGGCUCACGGGCAGCGGCUCGGAUCAAUAAAUGUUUGGAAGCGCUUCCUUUGCUGAUCCAGUUGGGGUUUUCUAGGGAGAAGGGUGCUGCUGCUCCCUCCCGGCAGCCAGGACUCGGUCCCACUCCUGCCCUCACACCUGGAGCAAUCCAGGCUCUGCAGGUGCUCCCGGGCUGAGGGCUCGGGAUCCUGCCCUCACACCUGGAGCAAUCCAGGCUCUGCAGGUGCUCCCGGGCUGAGGGCUCUGGAUCCUGGCUCAGGCCGUGCUGCCCCUCCUGCCUCCCUUCUACAGCCCCACCAGGGCAAAGCUCUCACUGCACUCCUCCAUCUCAAAUCUGACGUGACAGGGAAAAUUUACCCAAUUACAUCUUUAAUCACGACUGGAUUUACUUCAUUAAAUGUUUAAUCCAACUGGCUGCAAGGGCUAUUCUGUGCCAAGCACAAGGUAACAUCUCUCCACACCCAAAGAGUUUGGCUCAAGAGCUGCUGCAGGGCCAGCUCCCUGAAUUUCAAAUGAAGUUUUCAAAGAAGCAUUUGCAAGUCAGAGUAGUCACAUUUUUU